GUGUCCCUUGUGGAACUUUCUCGUUCACGGAUUCACAGGACCGUUCCGGUCGAAAGCUGCUAGAACCUCUAUCGUGCGUUCCUGAGCAUUUUACACAUUCUCACCAGAUGAGGAACCUCCUGAUCGAUCAGGUCCGCGAGGACGGGUUCGCUGUGAUCGAUGACUUUCUGACACCGGAAGAGGUGCGCGAGUUGCAUCAGGUCGGGAGGAAUCUGCACCAGGACGCGCCAAAGGACGAACGUAAGGUGUUUAACGCGAACGCAGGUGGCAAGUCGGCGCAAAGUCGUGAGCGGUACUUCCUCGAGAGUGCGGAUAAGGUGCGAUACUUCUUCGAAGAGGGUGCCGUCGGUGAAACAGGCGAGUUGCUCGUCGAUCCAGCGAUCGCCCUCAAUAAGGUGGGCCAUGCGCUGCAUUCGCAACAUCCUGCCUUCGAGGGGAUCACGUUUUCGAACCGCGUGAAGGAGGUUUGCUGGCAGCUUGGCUUCCGGAAGCCGGCCGUGGCGCAGAGUAUGUACAUCUUCAAGAAUCCCGGUAUCGGUGGUGAAGUGAAACCGCACCAGGAUGCGACGUACCUGUACACGGAACCGAGCACGACGGUGGGCUUUUGGAUACCGCUUGAGGAUGCCACGCUCCAGAAUGGAUGUCUGCACUUUAUUAAGGGUUCACACAGAAGCGGCGUCCAUCGGCGAUGGAUCCGUAACCCGGACAAGGGCGCCGACGAUCUGCUAAUCUACGACCGGCCCACCCCACUCUACCCACAGUCCAACUUCGUGGCCGUCCCAGUAAAGGCAGGCUCGUGCGUCCUCAUCCACAGCCAGGUCGUACACCGGAGUGAUGCGAACCGGUCCGACCACAGCCGGCACGCGUACACCUUCCACGUGAUCGAAACCGAAGACUGUGAAUAUUCCAAAGAAAACUGGCUGCAACCGACCGAGGAUCAUCCGUUUCCGGUGCUGUACGAGCGGGACUAAAAAAGGGUGGCUUUAUGUUUUGUUUUACUUUUGCGUUUUGUUGGGUUUUAUCUAAGUGGAUCGAUCGGAUUUGGAGAAGGCAAAGCCACGGAAAGGAGAGGGCAACCAAACGGCCAACCGAACGAAUCUUUGUAGCAUGUAAGACCCUUGAAGGAAUCCCACUACCGCACUGUAUAUGUAUAUGGCUGCUUAACCCCAUUACAUGGUUGGGUUCAGUUCCGUAACCCAUCCUGUAACGCUACUCCUCCGUGCCAUAGAUGUUUAUCUACUCUUCUGCGAUCGGCGCGAUCAAGCAUCCUCCACGUGUGAGUGAGUGUUUUUUUUUUGUUGUUUUCGUUUGUAUUUCCUUCUUUUUUAUGUCCACCUGGUCGCAAAACGCAACUGAAUGUAAUAUACAAUGUA